GGAACCCUGAACUCUCGAGUAGCGCACUAGUCGCUUAUGCGCCCCUAAUGAACAUUCUGACCCGUGGCGAAAACGAUACUACAAUGCAAAUUUUUGCACACGACAAUAGAGUUUAUGAAGAUCUGCCAGGCUUACCAACUCGAUGGAUGCUCCAGGUCUUCAAGAAGGGCGGACGGUGCUUAAAAGAAGAAAGGUGAAAAGGGCGAAAAAGAAGCUGAAAAGAAAGUAUGUUGAAGCGACUAGCGAAGAUCCCGCUCCUUCAACGCUUCCGACAAAGGAUAUGGUACGACCUAAGCGAAAGAAGUUGAAAAAAGUUAAAGAUGGUGUCUUCAAAAUGCAAUCUGUUGAGCCGCAAACAUCUUCAAAAGCUGAAGAAGAUGAACAAUCCGCCAAAGAAGUUGACGAUGAUAGUGGAGCAUCAGAUCUCAUCGUCGAUAAUUUGGAGCAGCAGCUCGAUGUUGAUAUCGAAGCUUUUCCAAUGGAAGCUGGCGAUAAAGACGGAAUUGUCAAUAUGUUGACUCAAGUGUUUCUUCAAGCUGAUAUCGACCUUCCAGCGCUAGCAGACGCAAUUAUUGCUCAAAGUCCAUUCGGAAUUGUCAUCGGUCCAGCUGAAGACCAAUGCGAUGAAGAUAACGAAAACGAUGUGUAUGGUUUAUUGACUGUUAUCAGGCUGACGUCUCCUAAGCAUGAGAUGACAAAGUAUGCCAAAGGCGUCAUGGACUAUGUGGAGAAGAGAGCACAGAAGUAUGCAUUGCCUAACUUUCGCAGCGCAUAUGAUGCCUUGCAAACAAAGCGCACAGGUCUCUUCGUUAACGAAAGGAUGUUGAACUUCCCCACUCAAAUUAUUUCUCCUUCGUUCAAAAGUCUCAGGUCUGACUAUGAUAAUUUGAAAAAGCCGUUUCAAAAUCUGAUCUAUGUGCACAAAUUACGCGUCGCUGAUUCCAAACCAGCUGUUGCCGUUGAAAGUAAUGGUAGUGCGCAACCAGCGAAGAAAAAGAGGAAAAUGGGAAAAGCCGAAAAGAAAAGGUUAACCCAAAAAGCUCUGUCGACGGCCGAAAUUAUAUAUGACAAUGUGGAGGAUGAGCUACUGAUGCAAUUGGAAGAGGGCGAAGCUUGUCAUUUUGAUAUUCCUGUUCAUACCGAAAUAGAUGGUAGCAGCAAGUUCCAUACUCUCAUCAGGGAUGGAAAGUCGUUCAAACCAUUUCGCAGGAUUGUAAUCAUGGACAACCAGCGGUUCAAAGCCUUUUUGGAUCAUGUGAGUAUGUCAUUCUGACCUCCCGCUUGUUAGUGGAAACUAUCAAAUAGUUUUGCAUGUUGUUGAGUUUGAUCGUUGUUUUUUCUGUUAUACUUGCUCCAGCAAUCCUCAAAGAAAAAUGUGCGUUUAUGUAAUGCCAUGCCAAUAAAUAUAUGAUUGUUUUU